CCCUGGCCCAAUUGGGGUUGGGGGUCGGUCGAUACACCCCAAUGGUGACAAAUGGUGUUUUCGGUCACACCAACUCCUGAUCUCUCAACUCCUAUAUGCUUGCUGAUGUGGGACACAGACUGUAUGAUGAACAGCUGUCCACAAACUAUGUGUGAUAGGAUCGAACCAUAGUUAAUUGUCAUCAUCAAUGGAUUUCAGUUGAAGCUGAUAUCAUUACCGAAAAUUACUGAUGAAUACAUGUUUAACAUCUUUAAACGAAUGAUUCUAACAAGACUCAGGUAUAGAGUAUGCUAGAGUGGAGGAUCCACUCCUAUUUGCCUGGUGCUAUCAGUGCGUUGGAUCCGCUGCGCACGCUUUAUUUCCCGAGGCGUUGGCGGUCAUGGCCUACAAGCGGCCUUUGGGGGUGGUCCCGUCGCGGGACUUUUGGGAGCUCCACCGACGGCUGGGCGAAUGUUACGAGCAAGAUCUUAAGAAGGCUUCUGCGCGCAAGUUGGGGACUGCAAAACGGGUGAGAACCCAUGGUGCAACUGGGCAAUCUGGGCCGCUGCCAUUCCUAGAGAGCGUCGGACUCGGCAGCGAGCCACCCGCCCCCUUGAGACCCGUCAAUCAUCGGGCCUACACCGACAGUGAGAAUAUCGGAGGGCACACGGUGACCGGAGGAAAUCUGUCGUCGCCCAGUGAGCGGCAAAGCUCCUUUCCUUUGCCUCCGCUGUUGCCGCUUCCCAUGGAGGAUCCAGUGGAGGAGCCCAACAUCACCAGGUCGAACGACCUCUCAGUGAACUCCCGCAAUUUGAG